AUGGCUCCCCAGAGACGAGCCAAGAGCUCCCUACCAGAAGGCUACGCCGAAGAUAAAUCCAAGGGCCUCACGCUCAGAUUCCAGGAUUCGUUACCCAAGCUGCCAGUCCCAACCCUCGAAGAAACAGCGACCCGAUAUCUCAAGAGUUUGCGGCCGCUCCUGUCCGAAGCGGAGCUUGCGACGAGCCGAGCUGCUGUCGAGGACUUUAUCAAAGCCGGCGGUGUCGGAUCCAGACUGCAGGAGAAGCUCAUUGCCAAGCGCGAGGACCCUGCCACAAAGAACUGGAUAUACGAAUGGUGGAAUGAUGCUGCCUACCUGUCCUACCGCGACCCUGUCGUUCCCUACGUGAGCUACUUCUACUCUCACCGCGAUGACCGCCAGCGCCGAGAUCCAGCCAAGCGCGCUGCCGCCAUCACCACCUCGGUUCUGGAAUUCAAGAAGCAAGUCGAUUCGGGCACUCUCGAGCCCGAGUAUAUGAAGAAGCUCCCCAUCUGCAUGGACAGCUACAAGUGGAUGUUCAACGCCAGCCGUGUUGCUGCUCACCCAGCCGACCACCCUAUCAAGUAUUCCCCCGACGAGCACAAACACAUCAUUGUGAUUCGUAAGAACCAAUUUUUCAAAAUCCAGCACGAGGUUGCUGGCAAGCAGCUCAACACCUCCGAGCUCGAGGCCCAGUUUCGUCGAGUGUACGAGAUUGCUCAGCGCGUCCCUGCCGUUGGUGCUUUGACAUCAGAGAACCGUGAUGUCUGGGCCGACGCUCGCAAGCUGCUUCUGGACUCCAGCCCCAAAAAUAAGGUGGCUCUCGAGGCGAUCGAAUCUGCUUCCUUCGUCGUCUGUCUCGACGACGCCUCCCCAGUAACUCUAGAGGAGAGGGCUCACCAAUACUGGCAUGGCGAUGGGGCCAAUCGCUGGUACGACAAGCCCCUCCAGUUCAUUGUGAACGACAAUGGCACGUCGGGUUUCAUGGGCGAGCACUCCAUGAUGGAUGGGACGCCAACCCACCGCCUGAAUGACUACGUUAACGACCUCAUCUUUGGAAACAAGCUAGACUUCUCCGACCCGUCAAUUCGUUCCAAUCUGCCUGAGCCUGAGCUUGUUCAGUUUGAAAUCAGCCCAGCCAUCCAGUCAGAGAUUGAUCGCGCCACCAAGGACUUCAACGAUGUUAUCGGGCAGCACCAGCUGGCCGUACAGGCCUACCAGGGUUAUGGCAAGGGCCUCAUCAAGAAGUUUAAGUGCUCCCCAGAUGCCUACGUUCAAAUGGUUAUCCAACUCGCGUAUUUCAAGAUGUAUGGCAAAAAUCGCCCAACCUACGAGUCCGCUGCUACGCGACGUUUCCAGCUCGGUCGCACAGAGACAUGCCGUACAGUCUCGGAGGACUCAGCGGCAUGGUGCAAGGCAAUGGCAGACUCCUCGGUUGAUGGUAAGACCAAGACAGACCUUUUCCGCAAAGCAAUUGCCGCCCAUGUGGAGUACAUCACUGCCGCCUCGGACGGCAAAGGUGUAGAUCGUCAUCUGUUUGGUCUUAAGAAGCUUCUUGAACCCGGUGAGGAGGUUCCCGCCAUUUACAAAGACCCCGCCUAUGGCUACUCUAGUUCCUGGUACAUUUCCUCAUCUCAACUCAGUUCUGAGUUCUUCAAUGGGUAUGGUUGGAGUCAAGUGAUCGACGGAGGUUUCGGUAUUGCCUACAUGAUCAACGAGAACAGUAUCAACUUUAAUAUCGUAUCCAAGAAUCUGGGCAGCGAUCGAAUGAGCUACUAUUUGAACGAGGCUGCCGGUGAUAUGCGAGAUCUUCUCAUUCACUCUCUAGAACCCCCCAAGUCCAAGCUAUAG